AUGAGCUUCUCGUACGUCUCAGACGAUCCGUCACGGCUUUCUGUUGAUGAUGUUCUUGGGCUCAUUGACUGGAAGGAGCUCGAGACUGUGCUUUCCAGUCCCGACGACACCAGUCGGACUCCCAUUCACGUCGAUAUGCCUAUGGAAGUGGAGCCAGUACAAUCGACUGCUGCACCGCCGACUGGACCGCCCGUCAAGAAGAAACGUAUCCGCCGCGAAAUCGUCGAGCUUAAGUUCUUGCGUGGUAAAGUCAAGGAGCUUGAGGAAGAGCUGCACAAGCUGCAGCUCGGAUUCUCUACGUCGCCCCGGGCCGACGGUGAGCCUAUUCCACUCGAUGGACUCAUGCCGUCUGUGUGGACUUCUAUGGCGGGCCGUCAGCUUAAAGACCGUAUGCGAGCCGAACGUGAAAACCAGGAGCUGCGGAAUAUGCUGCAAGACCAGCUCAAGAUUGCUCAGGGUCUUGAAGACACGUUGAAACAACUACCGCCAAGCCAGGGUAUUGACAACGCACCGGCGUCGUUACUUCCGCCAAACCUCUUUGGGCCGUCUAGCUCUGAAACCCUCGCAGAAAGUCUGACGCACUUGGAGCGUACCUAUUUAAGUGUGGAUGAGGCUUUCGCAGCGGAAGGCGUGGACAACCUCGAGAUGGACAAACAUGAGAUCAAAGCCAUCGUUCACCCGACAUACGGCACGUGUAUCCGCUUCACCACUCGGAUCGCAAUGCCCUUCAACUAUGAGAUCACGAGCCGCGCAAUGUGGAGAUUCAUUACAGAAGAGGGACUCAUCUCGCUUGCCAGCUCCUUCAACAAAAUCUACACAACCAAGGACAUUCAAGCGCACUGCUUUGCCAUCCGCUUACCGGACUCCGAACCCGCUAAAGACUAUUGGCUGAACCAGGUCGUCCGGAAGCAUCUCGAGGCAGACCGAAUGGUUGUUGUGGGGCGGUCCACCGUCCACCCAUACGUGAAAGACAACAGUCAUCCAACUGGUGUUUCGUUUAUUGAUGACGCACGACUCACAGUGAGUGACUGCAGCAGCAACGGUGUCCCGCAGUCUUGUGUCAAGGUCUGCGUAUAUUUGGUACCGGACUUUGGGUCGAGCAGCUCCAGUGAUACCGUGGGGAUCAAUGAGUUACUGGACUUCUUCAUAAAAUCUGCUGGUCCCGUGAUCCUCCGGUGUCGGGAGAUGAUCAUGACGAUGCUACAGCAAGAAGCAGAGGCGAUCAAACAGACCGCUGUGCGGCUGUGA